GGUUCAUCUUCAAGAGCAUGGGAAGAACGACAUCUCUACCUUCAUCAAGAAGUCCAAACUAAACUUCAGCUUCCUCCUUCCCAAGGAAGAAUGUGUUAGAGAAAAUGCCUAGCAUCUACAGAUCUGUGACCAUCAACACUUCAAAGGAGAUGAUGUGCUUCAGUGAUUUCCCUAUCCCUGACCACUUCCCCAACUACAUGCACAACAGCAAGCUCAUGGACUACUUCAGGAUGUACGCCAAGCGCUUCAGUCUUCUGGAUUACAUUCGAUUUAAGACCACAGUGAGGAGCGUGAGAAAGCGUCCAGACUUCUGCGUCCAUGGACAAUGGGAUGUUGUUGUGGAGGCAAACGGGAAACAGGAGAGCCUAGUCUUUGAUGGGGUCCUGGUCUGCAGUGGCCAUCACACAGACCCCCAUCUGCCACUCAAGUCCUUUCCAGGCAUUGAGAAGUUUGAAGGCUGUUAUUUCCACAGCCGGGAAUACAAAAGUCCUGAGGACUAUGUGGGAAAGAGAAUCAUAGUGGUUGGCAUUGGGAAUUCCGGUGUGGAUAUUGCCGUGGAGCUUGGCCGUGUAGCAAAACAGGUAUUCCUCAGCACCAGAAGAGGAUCGUGGAUUUUACACCGUGUUUGGAAUAACGGCUAUCCCAUGGAUAGUUCAUUUUUCACUCGGUUCCAUAGCUUUCUCCAGAAGAUAUUAACCACAGGAGCAGUAAAUAAGUACCUGGAGAAGACUCUGAACUCAAGAUUCAACCAUGCACAUUAUGGUCUGCAGCCACAGCACAGACCACUGAGCCAGCACCCCACCAUCAGUGAUGACCUUCCAAACCACAUCAUCUCCGGAAAAGUCCAGGUGAAGCCUAACGUGAAGGAGUUCACAGGAACAGAUGUUCAUUUUGAUGAUGGCACCGUGGAGGAGAAUAUUGACGUUGUCAUCUUUGCUACAGGAUACAGCAUUUCUUUUCCAUUCCUUGGGGAUCUGAUUGCAGUUACUGACAAUGAAGUGUCCCUGUAUAAGCUGAUGUUCCCUCCAGACCUGGAGAAGCCAACAUUGGCUGUCAUCGGGCUCAUCCAGCCCUUGGGCAUCAUCCUGCCUAUUGCAGAACUUCAGUCUCGCUGGGCUGUGCAGGUGUUCAAAGGGCUGAGCAAAUUACCCUCAGUGAAGGCCAUGAAGGCAGACAUGGACCAAAGGAAAAAGGCUAUAGAGAAACGGUAUGUGAAGACAGCCAGGCACACAAUCCAAGUGGACCAUAUUGAGUACAUGGAUGAGAUUGCCUCUCUGGCUGGGGUGAAGCCCAACCUCCUGCUCCUGUUUCUCUCGGAUCCAACACUAGCCAUGGAAGUCUUCUUUGGGCCCUGUACCCCAUACCAAUACCGUUUGCAAGGUCCAGGGAAAUGGGAUGGGGCCCGGAGAGCCAUCCUGACUCAGAGAGAACGGAUCCUCAAGCCCUUGAAGACCCGAAUUACUAGUGAGAAGAGUCGCUCUGCCCCAGGUCUCUCUUGGAUAAAGAUGGCACUAUUUGGCCUGGCAUUUCUGGUUCCGAGUUUAACAUACUUUAGUUAUAUUUGUCAAUGAUAAACAUGAAUGAAUGAAUGAAUGAAUGAACUGCUUAGUAGGGAAAACAUGCACUUCUACUCAUCGUAGAUUGUUGCAAAGCCUUUAGUCAGUAGCAUACAAUAAUCUCAUUUAACACUGCUAGAGCUACAGAAAUGUUUAGAUAGUCUUUACAAGUAUUAGAGUCCUUUGAGAUGGGUGUGCAUCAACAUUUAUAAGGCUUUUUUGAAUGCACAAAAGAGCUUAUGUUUAAAACAGUCUUGAGAACUGAUUUAAAACCGGAGACACUUUUGCCUCCAUAAAAGGUUCCACCAAAGUUGGUUGUAUUGAUGGGAAUUUAUAAAUACUAACUUUGCACUGAUUUUAUUUUCCACUUACAUUUUUUCCUUCCAACUCAUUCUGUUAACUUGUGUGAAGACGUGAAAGUUUAAGUUUAAAACUAUAAGUCAGAAUGUUUUGUGUUUCAACAGAUUAGCAGCAAUAAAAUUACUUUUUGUUUAAAUUAUGAUGUUUAAAGAAAGAAGUAAAGAAUAAAACAGAGUAUAUGCCAGAGCUAUCAAUGACAUACUUUAGCUCUCAGUAUUUAGAAACAGGUAAUUGCUGUGCUGUGUUAAGAUGGAAUCAAGAUUUAAGGAGCAACCAUGAGUCUCUGCUGGCUGCCCUGUCAGUUCACCUGGCUUUCUGACCACUCUCUCCCUAUGUGGGAUAAAUGGCUUCCUUGCUGUUGGAGGUCCAGGAGUGCCAGAAGGCUUCUUUACCUCGAAUGCCUUUUCAUUCCACCAACUUUUGGAAAGUGUUUCUAAGAUUCCACCUCUGUCAUUUUGUUCUCCUGACUAUACAACCCCAAACAACCAUGGGAAGAAGGUGUGAAGACCAAGUGAGGAGACCAAGGAGCAUAUGACCUCGCAUCCCAGAGGACACGUCAAGAAGCUGAAGCAUCACAAGGAAAGUUAUUCGCCGAGCAAUCUCUUACUCUUUUAGCAGAGUAACUCAACUGAAGGCUCACUUGUUCUACUGGGAGGGGGAAAAAUGCCCACGUGCAUUUCGGGAACUGAAAAGGAAUGGAGAGAAUUCUGUGCCACAAGACUUCCACUGCUACUCAAAAUGAUAACAUAAUCAUCUGAUGAGUUUGCACUUGACCACAGGAACCAUUGCCGACUGCCGGAAAACUACUUCUCAGAAGCUGAAAACAUAAGACAGGGAACUUUGCCAUUGUGAUUGAGAUAAAUUAAAUCAAAUCUUCACGUGGG